CUCAUGUCACCCACCACGGGUGUACCAGCACCCCUCCCUCAGAUCAUUCUUCAACUUCGUGGGGGGCUCAUGUAACCAGCUGAAGGAAUAUCAGUGGACAUCAGAGUGUUUUCAGUCAAGAUUGAAAGGAACAGAACCUAGCCUAAAUUAAGGGGGAUUUACUAAGAAGAUAUUUGGUGUUCUCAUGGCAGUGAUGACUCUCUAAGCUUAUGGAAAAUUGAGCUGACAUCUGGAAAAGCAUCAGUAACAAGGCUAUCAAUUUAGACAGAAUGGUUGAUCGACUCCAAGGAACAUGGAAAUCCAUUUCUUGUGAAAAUUUUGAAAAAUAUAUGAAAGAGCUGGGAAUGGGACGAGCCAGCAGGAAACUUGCCUGUCUGGCAAGACCCACUGUGACCAUCAGUACACAGGAAGAUCUGAUCACUAUAAAAACCAAAAGCAUCUUUAAAAAUAAUGAGAUCUCCUUUAAACUCGGAGAAGAAUUUGAGGAAACCACACCAGGGGGCUAUAAAACCAAGAGUGUGGUAACCUUCGAUAAGGACUCUUUGAUUCAAGUUCAAGACUGGGAUGGCAAGGAGAACACCAUAAGGAGAAAGUUGGUGGAUGGGAAAAUGGUGGUGGAAAGUGCCGUGAACAAUGUUAUCUGCACUCGGACGUACGAGAGAGUACAAACUCAAUCUGAAACUCUUAAGCACCCCCAAACUGUGAUCCAAACUGCUGAGGUCGUUUAAAUAAAACUCCAAAGUAAAAUGUUACAA